GACAGGAUCCUCCGGUCUUCCCUCACGACCUGCAUUGCCCUCGGAGAGCAGGCCCGACGGCUGGAGGAAUGGCGUCUCCACAAAGUUGGGCAAGACGCAAAGAUGAAGGAGCUCAUUCUCAAGGACUCCAAGGCCACGAAGCUGAUGGCCCAGCUCGAAGAGGACCUCCAGCUUGCGAGAGCGGAGGCCGGAAGGCUUAGGGAGGAGAAAGCCAAAGUUGAGGAGGCUGCUGCGGAGGCCGCAAAGAAAGCCGCCGAGGAGGCCGAGGCCGUCAGAGCGAAGGCUGUCGUCACAGCCCGGGAGGAGGCCAUCUCCGGGUUCCUGGAUGGGGGGUGGAAGGCCGAGGGACACAGGGAGUGGCUGUCCUCGGUUGUGGAGGCCUCAGUUGAUGAGUGGUGCGAGGGCCCGAGCGAGGAAUGGAUGGCCCGAAAGGGCAAACAAUAUUAUGAUGGGGGCGAGUUUUUCACCCAAGCACUCAUCUACCGGAGGAUGGCUCGCCACUUGAAAAUUGAGCCGAAGGACUUCGACCCGGCGGCAUACGGGCUUCCCCCCUGCAGCCAGACAUCCGUGUUCCUCUCCCCUCUGAUGUCGAGAGGCCAGACCUGGAGGACACCGAGCUCCGGAAGGAAGUCGAGGGUGACGAACCUGAGGCCGAUGCAGAGGUCACAUCGAAGCCAUCGGAGGAGGAGGCCCCCGGG